AUGCGAUCAAUUCCUCUCGCCCUCCUAGCCAUGACGGCUACCGCUACUCCUUUAAAAUCCGCGGACCCAAACCCAAACCAACAAUCCGCAGAAAGCGACAACAACAACAACAAUACCUCAUACACCACUCCCAUAGAGCAUCCCAUCCAACAAAUCAUGUGCAGCGUCAUGCGCUCCCACUCCGACUCGCACGGCAAAAUCACACCAGAAGGAAUUCAAAUCAUCAAUGAAGCUUUAGAAAAUUCCCCGCCGAUUCCUAACUAUGUUGCCACAGACGAAGAAGGAAAGUCUUCUAUCGAGGUCGAUGGGGUGGGGUAUUUAGUUCCCGAAAGUGUGGUGCAGAUGAAAGGGUUUGAGAGGGAUGCGGAUCGGGUGGGUGAUGAAGGGGAGGGAGGGAUGAGUGGCGAGGAGUUUGCUAGGAAGUAUUCGUUGGGGGAAUUUAGAGUUGAGGAGUGGGAGGAGGAUGCUUAG